AUGGAACAAGGAGUCGGGACUGAAAGGGUAUUGGAGUCUUGGCUUGCAAAUAGUUGUGGUGUUGGUAUAUUACUCCGUGAUCCCGACAGAUUCAAACACUGUACUUAUCGUUGUGAUGCUGUUGGACGUAUCAUUUCUUUGGAUUGUACAUUCAAUAGUCAGGACUUGCGGUUUAUUAAUAUAUAUGCCCCUACUGACGGGACUAAGCGCAUAGAAUUUUUUCAAAGUCUUGAUACACAUUUUGUCUCUCAUAGACGGUUUAUUAUUGGAGGUGAUUUUAAUUGCAUGUUAGAAUUGGCGAAGGAUAAAUAUGGCGGAAAUCCAGCCUCAGGAGAUACUGGUGUUUUACAUCUAAAGAAACUAAUACAGCGAUUUGAUUUAGUUGACAUUUGGCAAUUUACGUGGCAAACUAAACGUGGUAGCAUUAAAUGUCGUUUGGACAGAUUUUAUUUUUCUUCAUCGCUUGUCAGGGAUUAUGACGUCGAAACAGACAUAACGAUCUAUCCAUAUUCGGAUCAUGAUUUUGUUCGGGUAUUGUUAACGGUUGACAAAGCUAGUAGUAAUGUUGGCCCCGGUGUGUGGAAGUUGAAUGUCUCAUUAUUACAAGUGCAAGAAGUUCGUGAGCAAAUUGCUUCAUUUUGGGAACAUUGGAAAGAUCGGAAAAGUGAUUUUGGCAAUGUAGCUGAAUGGUGGGAUUAUGGCAAGUUACGAGUUAAAUCUCUUUUUCUCAAAUAUAGUCACAAAGCAUCUCGGAAGCGCAAGCAAGAACGUGCGACCAUACUUAAUCGCUAUCGUCGUAUUGUGUGUAAAACAAAUUUAUCGGAGGACGAAGUUAAAGAACUAGACUUAGUUAAGUCCCAAAUGGAAACUGUGGAUUUAAAACGUAUCCAAGGAAACAAGAUCCGAAGUGGAGCAAAAUGGAUCGAAUAAAACGAACAGCCAUCGCGCUUUUUCUUCCAAAAGGAGAAACGAAGAGCGGUUAAGAAAACGUGUCAUGCUCUACGCACGAGUGAUGGGCGGAGAGGGACUGAGCAAGAUGAUAUCUCAAAGGAACAAGUUAGAUUUUAUAAAGAACUUUAUUCAAAAGUGCCGACAGAUAAAGUUGCCCAAGAUCGGUUGCUCAAUUUACUUGACAGGAAACUAACAAAUGAGCAACGCGAUUCAUGCGAGGGACAGUUAACGGUGGGUGAAUGUUUGGUAGCAGUAGAGUCUAUGGCAAAUGUCAAAACACCGGGUUCCGACGGUCUACCGAAAGAAUUUUAUUUGUCCUUUUGGGACCUGCUUAAAGAAGACUUUGUUGAAAUGGCAAAUUAUUGUUUUUUCAGUUGA